AUGGAAAUCUUGCUGAUUGAGAUUGAAGGCAGUCUCAACACAAGACCGCUGUCAUAUCAGGAACAGGAUUGGGAUGAAACUCAGAUUUUGCGACCGAUCGACUUCAUACAACGUGACAUGGUGAUCACAUUCCCUUUUGAAACAUGUAGCACCGGAAGUGAGGAUGAAAACUAUCUUCCGCCUGAGGAGAAAAUUGCAUUUCGAAACCAAGCGGAAGAGGGUCUUAAAUCAAGUCACGAGUAUACGGAGCGCUUCUGGAAAAUAUGGAGUCAACAAUAUCUUAGCAGUCUUCGAGAAACUCACAAACUCGAGGUAAGCAGUAAACGAGGAUCACGAACGAGCUCGACUUUAAAUAAAGUGGUGCUCAUCUCAGAUCCAGUAAUGCCUCGUAAUUCCUGGAAAAUUGGAAUAAUUCGUGAACUGAGGCAAUCUCCAACGGGAGUGGUACGUGAAGCAGAGAUUCAACUACCGAAUGGACGCCUCGUUCGCCGACCUGUCAAUCUUCUCGUGCCGAUUGAAUUGGGCGACAAAGAAGAAGCUGCCGACCGCGAAAGUGCUAAAAACGAAGAGGAAACAAGUGCUCAUCCCACGGACGAAGCCCCCGAAUUUACAAAAGAGACGCGCUACAAUUUACGUCCACGGAAAAAGCUCGACUACAGUAAUCUCCACCACGGUACCGCGAACAUGCAACUAGUAAAGACGCUUCCUAGAACACUAUUGCUGCUGGCACUACUAGCGCUUUUCAAUGCAUCAGUCAAAGCAGUUUCGACUCCAUUGCCUUCCGUUCGAGCAGUCGCACACCGCUCUUCAAAAAGAGUUGAACUCACAUCGUUCAACGCCCAGAAGUAUGAGCUUUGCGCAGGAGAAUACUGCAUCGUUAAAGAGAAACUGCCGAAAAAGGAAACGAUACAGCUACCUCCAGAAAUCACCUUGCUACUACGACUACUUCAUUCAGUGGGGAAUCUCCGAUGGUCACCAAGUGACAGUUGUGGAAGCCACCUGCCCUCAAGUACCGUUCUGCAAAAACGUUCAGUACUGGUACUAAUAUUUUGGGUUCAGUACAGCUAA